AUGGAGUUUGCAGAGGAAGAGGAUUAUGACAAAUUAGAACCGAGUUCAUAUACUGGAGAUAUCGAAUUCAAGGCCCAAGCAGAUUCUGAGGCGAUAGAAGACAGAACCACAGAAGACCCUUUCCGAGAUACUUGGGGUCCAGAUGCGCAGAACAUAUUUGCAAAAGAGGACGACGAUGACGACGAUUCAUGGAGUGAGUCCGCUCUCAUUCAAGAACAACUCCGAAAAAUCAGAGAUCGAGGAGAUCGACUUCGUGCAGAUCGAGAAGCACGUCUCCUACAACAACAAAAUCCUCCUCCUCCUCCUCCUCUUCGUCCUCCUCCUCCUUCUGGAAAUCACGACCAUGACCAUCAAUAUUCGCAGACAAAAAUAUCAUCACCGGAAGAAAAAACACCCCAUAUUUUCGACUCCUCCUCAUCAUUCACCGAGAACAUGCUCCCCCGUCUUAUCCUCCUUUUCUUCUUCCUCCUUCUCCUCUUCUCCGCAAUCUCCACCAAAAAAUUCUCCAAACCGUACAAAUCCCGCUCCAAACCCUUUCCAAAAUUUAUUAUGAAUAAAAUCAAUCUUCAUCAUCUCCCUCCUCCUCUCCACCGCCUCUUCGCGAAAGACAAAAAAAUCUCCGCACUUCCCUCCCCACCAUCCACAAAAAUCACCUCUCGCCUCCAAUUCCACCUCCUUUACAAAAAAACAAUAUUCCCGCACCUACCAAUCAUCCCCCUCCCAACACUCCAACGCCACUGUUUCUCUCUCGCGAGAAAAUUUUUAAUAGGAUAUAUUUUCCUUCUCCUCUCGGCUCCGUUUGGCAAAAUUGCGCUGGCGAGUUAUCGGAAUCAGGUCGUGUUGUGGAGGGAUUUGGAGGGGUUUGAGGUGCCGUAUUAUUUGCUGGUGGAGGAGGAGAGGAGGGGUUGUUGGUGA